CACGCUUCUUCGACGUUGUGUCGACGGUCCAGCGAGACAACACGAGGUGUCAGGACGAGAUCAGCAAAAGAGUGAGGAGGCGACGCGACGCAACGCGUCGUCUUCGCACGGUCUUUCGCAUCGCCGUUACCGCUGCCGUCAUCGCCGCCGCCGACUACACCGUCAGUGUGCUCAACGAGCGCGAGAACAUGUUUCGGGACGGCCAAUAUUUAGAAGUGAUCAAGGCCUCGGACGACUGCUUGGCGACUGCCGUGGUGACCGUGCAGGAGAAAACAGUGGAGAUCAAGAAGCGGAAAGUCAUCACCAACAAGUGGCUGCAAGUCGAGGACUGGGCGGCAUUGUACAAGAUAUUGGAACGCGCGGUGCUGCGAAACAGCCGCGGUGGUGACGGAUCGCACCGCAAGGGUCGUGGAUGCGAAUGGAAAAAGUCUACUCGGCAGUUAGAAGUCACGUACACUUUCGACCCUCCGGAAUGCGAGAGCGAUGCGACGUCGUUGCCCACUAUCAAAGUGCACGUAUCGCCGGCUAGGAAGAAAGCGGUGAAGCGAGAAACGAGCGUGGAGAGAACGUCGAAAAGGAGCAAAGCGGAGUUGGAUAGUGGUGAUAAGGACAUGACAAAACGAACGAAAGAGGAGAGAUCUCCCCAUCGAACGAGCGACGCUAUGGGUGAGCGAUUCAAAAAAACUCCCGAGAAACCGCUCUCCCCUUCGAGGAAAACAGACAUUUUACGCACGACCGCGACGGUGGAGCAUGAAGAUAUCAAGAGGAAGAAGUAUCGCAAAUACACACUCUCAAAUGUUUCGGUGAACGCGCCAGAAGAGUUAGAGGAAUACAUUCCGGACGCGCCGAACACGACAGGACUGUGUCCGGACUUCAAGUACGUACCUAGUCGAAAAAGUGCGCUGGAGAGUAUGCGACUGACGUCAAACGAGUAUACGCCAACCUUGUGCGCCGACAGCAAAGGCGUCGUGGAUGACGCAGCGAGCUACGUACCAAAUCCCAUCGAGAAGCUGGGGACGACGUACGAGACGUACGAGCCGUACGCCAGUACGACAAUCCCCGAGGCCGUCCUCGAGGAAUACGUGCCUAAUUCAAAGGGGAUCAAGCCCUCCAUAGAGGAGUACGAGCCUGAUUUCAAAUCACCGAGUAAGUUGAUGAAAUUCGACGACAGUUACGUGCCGUCGAGCGUGCGACAGAGCCCAAACGACACUAAAAAAACUCCGGACGAGUCCGAGAGGUUAAAGAUGCAGAGGCUGGAGGUGCGUCGAAAAGGAACGCCAACUAAGAAGAAGAUAGACGAACUGUUCUCAUGAAGAGGAAACACAUGCGUGGGAAGCACGUAAGAAUUUUCACGUAAACAGCAGCCACGAUGUUGAUACAAGACUCUGAGUAUCGAGACUCAACUCAAGUGCGUACGGAGAGAAUCAAGUUUCGUAUACUCCGUACCAUUUACAAAAACUAUAAUUUAUUUUAAUACGUUACGUAUAUGGAGAGUCUGUUAUUGUACAGUAAAAUUAUCUGCAAUAUAUAUAUAAUAAAGCG